CUUUCCUUUCAGUCUCCCGGACGUUUCCAUGGAGACCGAGGCGGGCUCUGUGGAGGCCCUCUGCGUUACCAUGGAGACCAGCGCAGGCUCGGCGCUGCUGCAGGUUCAGCACCACGGAGAGCGGCGUUCGGCCACUGCCUCUGCCGCCAGGUGGGAUGCUCGGAAACACUACCUGCUCAUCGUCAUCGGGGACAUCGCCACGGAGAGCCAGCUGCAGGCUGUGAGGGAUCACCUGGAGCACGGAAUUCGCUCAUGGAAUAUCAGCCUUGGUUCCUGUGACUUGGAUGCACAGCUCAAGCUCUUUGUGACAAGGCACCUUGCUAAUUUUUCUCCAGAUGUCAAAGGUAAUUGCACCAUUUAUGAUUGCAUGUGGACAGUGAUGGACACCCGCUGA